UUUCUUUCAAAUUUCUACUUCCUGAAACUGAGGCUGUUUAUGAGAAACAGUGUAUUUCGGAGAGAUUGUACUAUAAUUAACUGUCUGCAGAGUUAGAUUUGCUGGCCUGAAAGUGGUUUUUCCUCUUCUUGGAGGUAAAAGUAGAAAGCUCUCCAAAAUCAGGAAUGGAUUGAAAUCUAAUGAGCACAGACUUUGGGUAUCUCAGCCUUCAAGGGGCUCCUUUACUGAGGAUCGAUGUCCCCUCCUAGGUAAUUGAUCACCGUGGACCGAGGGACACCCGAUUCAUGGUCGAGGGAGGGUAAUUAUCAUGAAUAAUCGGAACGCAGUGGCCUCGCUGCUGCAAGAGUGCAAGCAAGUGCUGGACCGGCUCCUGCUGGAGCCACCAGAUGUGUCAGAAGAGGACAGGAGCGAGCACCAGCGGUGCAGAGCUUCGCUCCCCAGUGAGUUAAGGACCCUGCUCCAGGAGGCAGAGGAAAUGAAGUGGCCCUUCGUCCCUGAGAAGUGGCAGUACAAACAAGCCGUGGGCCAGGAGGACAAAACAAACCUGCAGGAUGUGAUCGGCGCCGGCCUGCAGCAGUUGCUGGCGACACUGCGGGCGUCGAUCCGCGCCCGGGACUGCGUGGCCGCGGCCGCCGUCGUGUUCCUGCUGGACCGGUGUCUCUACGGGCUGGACGUCUCCGCGGCGCUGCUGCAGGUCGCCAAGGGGCUGCACAAGCUGCGGCCCGCGACGCCCAUCGCCCCGCAGGUGGUCAUUCGCCAGGCCCGCGUCGCCGCCAACUCAGGAAAACUCUUGAAAGCAGAGUAUAUUCUGAGCAGUCUAAUAAGCAACAACGGAGCAACAGGUAGCUGGCUUUACAGAAACGAAAGUGACAAGGUCCUGGUGCAGUCAGUCUGCAUACAGAUCAGAGGACAGAUUCUGCAAAAGCUAGGGAUGUGGUAUGAAGCGGCAGAGUUAAUAUGGGCUUCCAUCGUGGGAUAUUUGACACUUCCCCAGCCAGAUAAAAAGGGCAUUUCCACGUCGCUGGGUAUACUGGCAGACAUCUUUGUUUCCAUGAGCAAGAAAGAUUACGGGAAGUUUAAAGACAAUCCACAGAUUAGCUUGGGCCUGCUGAAGGAGUUUGACCACCAGUUGCUGUCGGCCGCGGAAGCCUGCAAGCUGGCAGCUGCCUUCAGCGCCUACACACCCCUCUUCGUGCUCACAGCUGUGAAUAUCCGAGGCACGUGCUUGUUGUCAUAUAGCAGUUCUAAUGACUGUCCUCCUGGAAUGAAAAAUUUAUAUCUGUCUGAAGCCAAAGAGGCCUUUGAAAUCGGCCUCCUCACCAAGAGGAGAGAUGAGCUUGUUACCGGAAAACAGGAGCUUCACAGUUUUGUCAAAGCUGCCUUUGGUCUCACCACAGUGCACAGAAGACUUCAUGGGGACACGGGGACAGUCUGUGUGGCCGGUCAGCUCUGUAGGGAAGCUAUGGAGAAGCUGUACACGUUCAGUACUUCCUCCAGAAGUCAGGAGAGAGAAGCUUUGUCUCAAGAAAUCAUGUCUCUGAUUGCCCAGGUGAAGGAUCAUUUACAAGUUCAAAGCUUCUCGAAUUUAGAUGACAGAUCUUAUGUUCCAGAGAGUUUCAAGUGCAGGUUGGACGAACCCAUCUUGCAUGGGCAAGUGGAUUUCCAAACUAUCCUUGAAACCUAUUCACAGCACCACACUUCAGUGUGUGAGGUAUUCGAAAGCACUUGUAGAGACAGCAAAAGUCAGCAGAAAGAUACAAAAACGGGAGUCUGUAUCACUGCUCUAAAAACAGAAACCAAAAGCAUAGAUACUGUAAGCACUACUCAAGACAGACCAUGCUCUCAAAAAGGUACGGGACUCCCUUCCUCCCAAAUGGCUAAAAAUAGUCAGGAGACACUCAGAAGGGUAGGAAGGAGAAACUGGGCCCAUUCGGAUGCAUUUCGAGUGUCCCUGGACCAAGAUGUGGAGGCUGAGAUGGAGCCACCAGGCCACAGCAAUGGUGAGGGAGCCAUCUUGAGCAAGUCUCUGAGUGACAGCCAGAGCUCAAGUUCGUGGAGCAAGUUAUCGGGGUUUAGUUCUUCCACAAGCUGGGAGGAAGUGAAUUAUCACGUUGAUGAUAGGUCCCCAAGGAAAGAACCUAGCAAAGAAGAACACCUUGUGGACACGCAGUGUUCCACCGCCUUGUCGGAAGAGCUGGAGAAGGAUAAAGAAGGUAGAGUUGUGCAUUCGUUGUGUUCAGAGCUUCGUGGUCUCGCUCUCCAGGAGGACAAUUCAGAGCCUUCUCAAAGCCAACUGCACAAACACAUGCCCUUGACAACCUUCCAUCCUCACGAUACAAAAGGCACAUUCUUGGCGUCUGGCUCAGGCCUGUUAGAAGGAGCUCCAGGAGGUAUCCAGGAAGUCAGAAAUGUUGGACCCAGAACUCCUUCUCCUCACUCCAGACCCUCCUGUGGUUCUGCUUCUUGGUCUUCUGAUUCUGGUGGGCUCCAGGAGAUGGUCACAAAUCCUCCAGUUCAAGAAGAAACCUUUGAAAUAAUUGAUGAGUUUCCGGAAACCAACUGUGAUGCCAAAGACAGGCACAAGGAAGACAAGGAAGAAGAAAUCAAUGAAAGAAGCACAGGCCCUACAUGGAAAGGUGGCCCCUCCUGGGUUGACCCGGAAGGAGAAACAGCAGAAGGCACAGAAGACUUUCAGAUAGUCAUGGACAAUGGUCUGGGCAACAGUUCCAUGAUGGCGGCAUGUAGCUCUUUCCCUCCUCCUUGGCGUGUUCAAAAUCCUGAGUCAGGAAAGAGUGGUGGUUCCCUUACAGAGCAGGGCAUUGACCCCGAUGCCUCCACUGUGGACGAGAAUGGCAUUGACCCCGAUGCGUCCACUGCAGACGAGAAGGGCAUUGACCCCAAUGCAUCCACUGUGGACGAGAAGGGCGUUGACCCCGAUGCAUCCACUGUGGACGAGAAGGGCCAAGAGCUUGACAGCACAGAUGUUCACUCCAUGGGAGGACGUGGCUCUCAUAGACUGUGUGCUCUGAGACAGCCACCUGGUCACAGUGCUGAGCCCCCCAAUUCCUUUGUGAGCAGUAACGUUCUCUUCCCCGUCCUCAACGAGGACUGCACUACCACCGAGGAGGGAAACGAACCUGGAAACGUGCUAAAUUGCAGUCAGAACUCCAGCUCCUCCUCAGCGUGGUGGUUGAAGUCACCUGCAUUUUCCAGUGGCUCUUCUGAGGGGGAGAGCCCGUGGUCCUAUUUGAACUCCAGUGGGAGUUCUUUUGUUUCCCUGCCAGGAAAGACAAGGCAGGAGAUCCUUGAGGCUCGCACCUUACAGCCUGAUGACUUUGAAAAGCUCUUGGCAGGAGUGAGUCACGACUGGCUGUGUCAGAGGCUGGAGAACACAGGAGUUUUUAAGCCCAGCCAACUCCACCGAGCGCACACUGCUCUUUUGUUAAAAUAUUCCAAAAAAUCUGAACUGUGGACAGCCCAGGAAACUGCCGUGUACCUGGGGGACUACCUGGCUGUGAAGAAGAAAGGCAGACAAAGAAAUGCUUUCUGGGUUCAUCAUCUUCAUCAAGAAGAAAUUCUGGGGAGAUAUGUUGGGAAAGAAUAUAAGGAGCAGAAGGGGCUCUGGCACCACUUCACGGAUGUGGAGCGGCAGAUGACUGCACAGUACUAUGUGACAGAAUUUAACAAGAGACUCUAUGAACAGAACAUUCCAACACAGAUCUUCUACAUCCCAUCCACAAUAUUACUGAUUUUAGAGGGCAAGACAAUAAAAGGAUGUGUCAGUGUGGAACCUUACAUGCUGGGAGAAUUCGUAAAAUUAUCGAAUAACACAAAAGUGGUGAAAACAGAAUACAAAGCCACAGAAUAUGGCUUGGCUUAUGGCCAUUUUUCUUACGAGUUUUCUAAUCAUAGAGAUGUUGUGGUUGAUUUACAAGGGUGGGUGACUGGUAACGGGAAAGGGCUCAUCUACCUCACAGACCCCCAGAUUCACUCUGUUGGUCACAAGGAUGUCACUACCAAUUUCGGAAAGAGAGGAAUUUUUUACUUCUUUAAUAACCAGCACGUGGAGUGCAAUGAAAUAUGCCACCGUCUUUCUCUGACGAGACCGUCCAUCAAGAAACCAAACACGUCAUAGACGACUCGGGUUGGAAUUGCGACAGACCUCAGUGACGCUCGACAAUGUCAAACGCUCCUUUCCCUCCAGGCACAGGAAAUACGACACAGCCUGGUCCCUUUGGGCUUGGGUGAGGCCGUGGCACUGGUUCUGGCCAAUGAUUUGUGAGAGGGAUUGACGAGUGUCACUUGCAGGCCUGCAUGUCAUUGCCACCGUAAGAUCCUGCAGACUUUCUUCCCUGUCCCUCGGUCACCAAGGAUGUGUCAGGAAGUACCUGCUUCUGAGUCGAAGUCCCCCAGUGCAGGGACCGUGGAAAGAGCCCCAGGUGACCCCUGAUGGGCACAAGGCACUGCUGCGGGGGGAAAAAAAAAACUUUUGUUGUUUACGCCAUUGCAAUUUAGGAGCUUUUUGUCACUAUCAAGACUGAUACUAUUGGUGCUUUUCCUGUGGAUUUAGGAAUUCUUCAUAGAUUAAAAAAUUCAGAUCUUCGGCCAGGCGCGGUGGCUCACGCCUGUAAUCCCAGCACUCUGGGAGGCCGAGGCGGGA